GCCGCGGUGGAGGUGGACCGGCUCGCGCCGCGGCCGUGGGGCUUCUGCGGGGUCCCCGGGAAGGGGCGCAAAUUAACAGAUGUGCAUGAGGAGGUGCCUGGUCGGCCUCACGUUUUGUACCUGCUACCUGGCUUCUUACCUCACGAACAAGUAUGUCCUGUCUGUCUUGAAAUUUACCUACCCUACAUUAUUCCAAGGGUGGCAGACAUUAAUUGGUGGACUUUUGCUUCAUGUGUCAUGGAAACUGGGCUGGGCGGAGAUCAACAGCAAUUCAAGAUCUGAUGUUUUGACAUGGCUUCCUGCUUCAGUGCUGUUUGUGGGUAUCAUCUAUGCUGGUUCCAGAGCACUGUCUAGACUGGCCAUUCCUGUGUUUCUCACUUUGCAUAAUGUAGCCGAAGUUAUAAUCUGUGGGCACCAGAAGUGUUUUCAGAAAGAGAAAACAUCUCCUGCGAAGAUCUGUAGUGCUCUCUUCCUCCUGGCUGCCGCAGGGUGCCUGCCCUUCAACGACUCCCAGUUUGAUCCAGAUGGUUAUUUCUGGGCUAUAAUUCACUUAUUCUGCAUAGGGGCUUAUAAGAUACUACAGAAAUCCCAGAAAUCCAACGCGUUAAGUGACAUUGACCAGCAGUACUUAAACUAUCUAUUCAGCGUGGUGCUCCUGGCGUUUGCAUCUCACCCCACAGGUGAUCUCCUCAGCGUCCUGGACUUUCCGUUCCUGUAUUUCUACAGAUUCCAUGGCAGCUGCUGUGCCAGUGGAUUUUUAGGAUUCUUUCUCAUGGUCAGCACAGUGAAGCUAAAAAGCCUUAUGACCCCAGGGCAGUGUGCAGCCUGGAUUUUCUUUGCUAAGGUGAUCACGGCUGGUUUAUCGAUAUUGCUGUUUGAUAUGAUCCUGACCAGGGCCACCGUGGGAUGCCAGCAUCCGGGGCAGGAACCAGAGCGUCAACGGUACACCUAGCCACUCAUCCACACGAGAGCAACCACUCUAGCCUCCUGCUCGGCGGCCUUGGAGAGGCCUUGCUGGUUUUCUCAGAGCGGAAGGGCUCCUAAACACAGAGAAAGUGGACUCCCAGGCUGCAGGCGGAGAACACUGCCCUGGGCUUUGGAGCUCCCUGUCCCGGAGAUAGAAAGAAGAAAGCAAGAACAAUGAGACACUGCUGCUCGCUGCGUCGAGGAGAACUUUUUCUGGGGUCUCUGGGCCGCUGCAGAGAGUGGACUGUGUCGAGAGGCUCCCCCAAGUCCUGCUGACUGUGCUGUGAGCCCAGCUGUGCAGAAACAGAUGCAGGAUUUCACCUGUAUGGGGAUGGCUCCGCCCACCUUGAUUGCCACGCAAGCCUCCUUACUAAACACCCUUCCCAGAUAAGCGUUCACUGCCUGCUAGUGGGCCCAAGGUAUUGCGUUGCCUUUUUGGUUUUGUUUUGUGUUCCCCUGGAGACUCCUCUGGGGACCCCCUUUCCUUGCUGUCAGGCUGGCUUGCCUAGAACGCACACUCCCCCGCCUAGGGGCACAGAGAGAAUUCCUCAAGCGGGGCUUCCACUGGGGGCGGGGGUGGAGGAGGUAAAUGGGGGUUCUGGGCCAAGUAAGACACCAGCAAGGACACUACUUCUCCAGAGUGUGUGCUGAAGCCUUUUUAUGGUUGUGUGUUGUGUUGAAUUGCACACACCCUUUUUUGCCUACCAUUAGGUUAACUUGAUACUAAUGAUUACCAGAGGGCAUAGGAUUAAUAAGCACUGGUGGAGGAAACACCAAACAAACGUGGCUAUGUAGGGGCUUCCCUGGUGGCGCAGUGGUUGAGAGUCCGCCUGCCGAUGCAGGGGAGGAGCUGGGCCUGUGAGCCAUGGCCGCUGAGCCUGAGCGCCCGGAGCCUGUGCUCUGCAAUGGGAGAGGCCACAACAGUGAGAGGCCCGCGUACCGCAAAGAAAACAAAACAAAACAAAACAUAGAUAUGUAAACGCACACACAGUUAUAUUCAUAAUCCAUUUAAUUCCCUGAUAUCUCAGAGGAGGUUUCAGAUCACUGAACACUGAAAUAUAUUUUUCAGGCCAGAUUAAAAAUAGGAUGAAAACUCUAAACCUUGCCUUUAUGGGAGUCAAAAGAAAUGAAUUUGCAUGAAAUGGUCAUUUGAUUCUGAAGCCCAAUGAAGCUUUAAGAAAAUAAUGUCUAACUCCAAAUAUUCCUGCUCAUAAUAGGUUUUCUGAAUGCAUUAUACUCUGCCAGGUGUCAGUUUUGGUCAUUUUGAGACAUAGAAGGUAAUGAAGUCCAGGGAGUCCUGUCCGGGAAGGAUCCAGGCCCUGCAGGGUUGGACACCCUGUUAGUGAUGAAGGACCACCUCCAGCAUCUGGGAAACAAGCCUUGUCCAUUCUUGGCCUUGUGAAGACUAAGGUCAGCUCAGUCAGGCCAUUCUUCCUGCAUUUUUUUCUCCAAGUUGUUGAAAAAAGAAACAAGAUGAAACAAAUAGGAAUGGAUUAGUAUAUUUGGACCUUGAGUACCUUAAAUGCAUUUCCUUGUCUUUUCCUGGUCUCUGCUUGUCAUUUAAGGUAAACAUGUUCAGAGUGACCUUUAUACAUAUAUAGUUUCACUUUGUUUUUUGUUCCUAAUCUGAGAUGUCAAACCUUCUACCGAGGAUCAAAUAGAAAAUCUGGGUUUACAAUUUUCUUUGUUCUUUUGCUCCCACAAAACCGUGUCUGUACACCUGAGUCCAGUUCUCUCUUUGCAGAAAGUGGCAUCUGUCCAAAUGUCAUCUUAUGUCUGUCUUUCCACGUCUCAUUUGAGCAAGUGGAGAUUCCUAAGGCUAGAAAGAGCCAUGUACAGUUAACAAACCCCAUCCCCUGUUCCAGCAGGACUGACCUCAGAAACUUCUGCAGCAGACAGAGAAAGACAAAUACUGUACGACAUCACUUAUAUGUGGAAUCUAAAAAAUAAUACAGAUGAAUGUAUUUGCAAAACAGAAACAGAUAUAGAAAACCAACUAGUGGUUACCAAAAAGGAGAGGGAAGGGAAGAGGCAAAUUAGGGGUAUGGGAUUAAGAGAUACAAACUACUGUAUAUAAAAAAGAUGAGCAACAAGGAUAUACUGUACAGCACAGGGAAUUAUAGCCAUUAUCUUAUAGUAACUUUUAAUGGAAUAUAGUCUAUAAAAAUAUUGAAUCACUAUGCUGUAUACCUGAAAGUUAAUACAAUAUUGUAAAUCAACUAUACUUCAAUAAAAGAAAUAAAUGUACCUCAAAAAACCAAAAAACAAAAUUUCUGCUGCAGAGUUUUAGACCUUUUUUUUUCUUUUUAAAGACUCUCUAACAAGGAUUUUUUUUGGUUUUUGUUUGUGUGAUUUUUUUAACUUCAUUCCAGAGUCCCAUUGUUUUUAAAAUCUCAGGUCUUUUCUUACUUUGACACUAGCAAGAGGCAAAGGAUAAGAUGUUUCUUCAAUAGACCAUCCUGCUUCCUUCAGCUUCCGUUUCUUCUUGGGAUUUUUUCUUCAAGCUUUUACCACCAUCUUUUAUGCCCAAGUUCACGUGCUCAGCUCUGAACUCAGGGUGAGCCUAGAGGGCUGUAAGUCAAGGGACUGGCCUAGAUUACUGCUCUCAUUCUCUGUGGCUCUCUGGGCCCCUGGCCCCCCUGGUGGGGAAUCCUCAGGUUACCCCAGCACUCCCUUUUACCCGAAAUGAUCCAUUUGGUCAUGUCCUAUCUUGGUCAUGUCCUUGCUGGCCCCAUGUCAAAGCCAGGGUGUUUUGUCUUUGUAUUUGUCCAAAUAAAGAAUACGCUUUCUGUCAGGAGAAGCAAAGUUCUGUGUGAUUGUAUAUUAUUACUAAUCUGCUGUGGAUAUAAGGAAAAAUAAACCAUUUAUUUUCUCGGUAAUUGGCCUU